UUUUAACAUCGCUCAGGUGUACGUCUGUUUGUGAGUGUGUGUGAUUGUGUGUGUGAUUGUGUGUGUGUGUAUGAGCAUGUGAGUGUGAGUGGAGAGACAGAGAGACAGUAGAUGUUUGUGAAUCUUGAUGGACUGCAGCAUCUUCUUACACACCUGUACAGUGUCAUGUUUGGAAGAAUGAGAUGAAAGGAGUACACAAAGCUCAUCUACACAACCAUGGAAAGAUGAUGAUUAUAAUGAUGAUGAUGAAGAUGGAGUCACUGUUGCACCUCACUGAAGGCUCCAUCAGCUCUGCUCUGAUAAACACACUGAGUGUGUAGUGAUGAUGAUGAUGAUGAUGAUGAUGAAGAUGAAGAUGAUGUGAGGACUCUUUGUUGUGUUACAGUGGUGCUCAUUGCAUCACAGCUUCCUGUUGAGGUUAAACUCUGUGUAACAGCAGCGUUGCUGCGAGAGCGCGGUUAUUAGCUUUUUAUUUGAUUUGAGAUUCAACCUCAGCGCAUCAUGGACUCUGCUUUCUCUCGCCCGCUCUCUGAGCAUUACUGCCCCUACGGUGUGGUGUCGCCCUCUGCUGGUCACUCUCUGAAGCGCGCUCACGCGCAGUUCCACCCGGCGCAUCUCCGCCACGCGCUCCCGCUGCUCAUCUACCCGCGCACCACAGAGCCACGCCUCUAUGACGCCUCCUAUCCUGGUGCUGGCGCGCCGCUCGUGCCGUACCUCGGUCCGUACCACGGGCGCUUCGGCGUGUACGAGUGCGCGCUCGAGCCCGCCUUCAUUCAGAAGCGUAACGAGAGAGAGCGGCAGCGUGUGAAAUGCGUCAAUCAGGGCUACGCCAAACUGCGCGAGCACCUUCCCGGAGCCGCCGCAGACAAGCGCAUGAGCAAAGUGGAGACGCUACGAGCGGCCAUACGCUACAUCAAGCAUCUGCAGCGGCUCGUGGAGGAGCGUGAGGAUCCAGUGGAGGAUGUGCACACCGAGGAGGAACACAGUCCACGUGAGAUCUCCAUCACUUCCUCUCCUGCACACGGCCAUGACGCGUCUCAGGACUCUUCUGGAACCUGAGCAGAACCAGCAGGAUAAAAAUCAACUGUCAGCUGCGCGGCUGCACCCUGCAUUCUCACACUACACACUACACACUACACACUACACACUAUGUACUAGACUUUGAUGGCUCCGCCCCUUUUAUAUAAAAGUGUCCCGUGUUCCUCACCGCACUGUUGAGUGUGUGUAGUAUUGGAGUGUUAAUGGUGCACUACAUCACGCUGAGUGUCCUGAUGUAACACAAAAGCAGCUCGUGCUCUCCAGGAGUAAAUAUAACACACAGUGUGUGACAGCUGGAGCUCACACACACCCACUGCGCAGGAACUUCACUCCAUGCUGUGAAACACUGGAACAGGAAUGUAGUGUUUCAUCUGUAGUAAAUCUUAAUGAAUGUUUUAAUUAAACUCUUCUCUUUAGCUGAAGAUCAGUGACACGAUCGAUCACAAUGUUCAACAUGUCAUUAAUGUCGUUACACACUGCCCUGAGCUGCCACCACGCCUGGAAAACGUGUGUGUGUGUGUG